GACUCAGAAGGUUCUUCGACCAAGACAAGUCGUAAAAAGAUUCUCACCCCUGAAGAAAAGGCAAGCUUGGAAGCAAUGGCUUGUCCGGGUGAGAUGCCUCCUGACGAAAGGAAGCGACAGUACAGUGCCAUGCGCAGGGCAAUUGUCAAAACCUGUGAACCAGCACUGUUAGCAAAGUGGUCGAUGCUCAAACAAUGGCUUCUCAAUGAUGGCAAGACGGACUCCAUUACAGUAGAGGAGAAGUACUCGAAAUGGGUUGAGCAACUUCGUUCUGACCGUUAUGUAACUGUUACCAAACUGCAGCUGUACAAGAUCUAUGGGAAAAGCAAAGAGGCCAAAGCAUUUAUCGAUGAGCUGUGUCGUGGACAGCAGGGUGUGCCCCACCCGCAGGCACCAAAUGUUGAAGCUGCCAAGAUGUACAAAGUCCUCCGAGAAGUGCUGGAGACAACCAGCAGUGGAUCUCGGAAUGACCUUGCGAUUGGGACCGGAGGUCGGGUGCGGGAUGAGGCCAUGAAGUCGUUGGUGGCCAAACAGCUGGGUGUUGCCAUGGGGAACUUAGAAGGACAAGGCUUGUUGGACCUCAAGACUGGCCGCAUCCAGUCGAAGAAAGCGAAGAAAGAAAAAACGCCUGAGCAGCAAGCGUUAGUGGAAUGCAAAACGCUCUCGAACAAGUUCCCUAGCGGAUCGAUUUAG